GUGGACCAUCUUCCCGGUGCCCUUGGCUGAGGCCUCGGCGUGGAGCCCGUAUCUCUCGGAGGAAACUGCCAGAGCCACAGCCGUGGAGGCCGGAGCCUCGGGUCUCUCGUGGACGUUUGCUCCGAUGGUCGAUUUGGCGCGAGAUCAACGCUGGGGCCGCAACGUGGAGGGCGCCGGUGAGGAUCCGUUCUUAGCAUCCCUCCUGGCCGAGGCGCGAGUCCGGGGCUUUCAGGGCCCCGACCUCCACUUGAACACCUCCCUGGGUGCCUGCCUGAAACACUUUGCCGGCUACUCAGGUGUGGAGGCGGGCUUGGACUACUCUGAGACAGACAUCUCCUUGCAGACCUUUCGGGAGAUGUUCCUGCCACCUUUCCAAGCUGGCAUCGAUGCUGGGGCUGUCAGUGUGAUGAGUGCGCUGAAUGCCCUGAAUGGUGUGCCGUGCAGUGGCAACCGCUGGCUGCUGUCGGAUCUGCUGCGGGGAGAGCUUCAGUUCCUCGGCCUCGUCGUCUCCGAUUACGAAUCCGACACAGAGAUGGUGCCUUUCGGUUUUGUCCAAGACGACUCCGACGCAGCGCGCGUCGCACUUGCCGCCGGCGUGGACAUGAGCAUGCAAAGCGGGGCAUUCCGGAGCCAUCUGCCGAAGCUUGCCGCUCACGGUCGACUCGACAUGAAGCGUUUGGACGAGGCCGUCCGACACGUUCUGCAGCUCAAGGCGAGACUAGGACUCUUCCAGGAUCCUUAUCGCUCUCUCGACCCCCGUGGCGAGUGGCCGCAGGGAAGACUCGCUGAGAAACACGACGAACUUGCUCGACGCGCCGCCCGGGAGUCGCUGGUUCUUCUGAAGAACGACGGCCAGCUCUUGCCGCUGAAAAAGUGCUGCGCGAAGAUCGCCCUCGUGGGCUGGUGGGAGAACGACGUGGACAAUGCAGAAGGCGUCGGUGUGCUCUGGGGCAACAAGUCGCACACAGUGACCUUGAGGCAGGGGCUGCUGGACGUGGUUGGAGCUGAGAAUCUCAGAGCUGUGCCGGGGUCCCGCAUGGACACCCGCAUACCGGGUGGCAUCACGGCCGCGGUAGAGGCUGCAUCCUGGGCCGAUGUGGUCGUGCUGGCACUCGGCGAGGGUGUGAACUACACCGGCGAGAGCCGGUCCCGGUGGGACAUUGGCCUACCUUCCGCUCAGCAGGAGCUUGCUGAAGCUGUCGCUCUCACCGGCAAACCGCUAGUCGUCCUGCUGAAGAAUGGGCGCGCGCUCCAGCUAGAUGGGGCUGUGAAGGAUGCAGCGAGCAUCAUGGUGACGUGGUUCCUGGGUAAGAUGACCGGUGCUGCCAUUGCCGACGUCCUUUUCGGCGACUACAGCCCCUCUGGCCGACUGCCGGUAAGCUCUUUGGCGCAGCUUAGAUAUGGUUUGCUGUCGGCCGUCGUCCCCGGGGUUUUCCAUUGGUUCAGGGCUUUUCAAGACGACUGCCAUGAUGACGACUGCGACCAGCACUGGUAG